AUGAACAUGAGGACUAAGGCAGAUAAGGGAAUAGCUGUAUCUCCGACAUCGUCCGCACUCCCCACCUCCCCACAUGCUCUUUUCUCCUCUCCUCUCGCCUCCCCCCCUCAUGCACCCCGCCAGCCAGCCCCGGGGGCCAGGCAGCGCAGGAAGGCAUCUCGCCGCUCGCAGUCGUAUGGCGGCGCUGAGCUUGCAGCCUUCCACGCCGCCCCUUCUGCACCGCCUCCACCACCACACGCUGCAGCAGCAGCAGCACAAACGUCACCAGAAGCUGCCUGGGAAGAUCCCGCUGAUGCUGCCACUGCUCCCGCUGACGCCACUAAUGCAGUCACCAUUAUAUCAGCCGAGGCCAGCAGCACCCAGCAUGCCUCAUUGGUGGCAGCUCUGAGGGCGCAGCGCAAGGCAGCGGGCAGGCGGCACUCGUACGGGGGGCAGGAGCUCACUGCCAUGCAAGCUGCACUCACACAGCCCCUCGCCACCGCCGAUGCCGGCAGCACCAGCCCAUCCCCAAGCAUCUCACCCCCUUCCGUCCUCUUCUCCUCCACCUCUCCCCUCGUCGUCGCUAUACCUCCCUGCACUGCCACUGCCCCAUUCCCCCCCGCCGCUGCUCCUCCCCCUCCUGCCUCUGCCUCUGCGGCUUUUCCCCCUUGCCACCCCCCGCCCACUGCGUCGUCCCCUCCUGCCUCGCGCCCCCCCUCCCACCGCGACCUACUGAGGGCGCGCAAGGCAGCGCACAGCCGGCGCCCGCACUCGCUGGGGGGGGGGGAGUUUGCCGCACUCAGACUCGCCCACACCCCCACAGGAGGGUCGCCAGAUUCCUCCACCGCUCUGCACCGCUCUCCACUCUCUUCCUCCUCCCGCCCCAUAAAUCCCGUUGCUGCUGUCGCCCUGGCCACGCUGCCCCGCCCUUCCAUCUCCUCGCCUGCCCCUCCUGCUGCCCCUUCUGCCAGCGCAGAAGAUGAGAGUGGGAGGAAGCGGCAGAGCAACAAGGGCAUGAGGCAGGCAGCGGGAGGAGGGGCAGCAGCAGCAGCAGCAGCAGCAGUCAGCGGCAUUCACACCACACCUGCCACCACCAGUGCUGCAGGUACUGCUUUCAGGAGGUGUGGGUCUCAUGAUGCGCCCUGCCUGCCCGCACACACACAGCACUCGCCCCGGGGAGGGGAGGGCAGCACAGGGGGGAGCGCAGAGCACGUGGCAGCAGCACCGCGUGCACAAGGUGGAGCAGCAGCAUGGGCAGGCGCUGCCGGCGCUCACAUGCCCCUCCCCUCUGCGCUGCCCCAUGACCCAGCACUCCCCUCCGCCCUCCCUGGCCCUCUGCCUCUGCUGCACCGCCCUCCCACUGCCCUCGCUCCCACUGCCCUCGCCUCCGCUUCCCCUGCCUUGUCAGCUGGCUCUCCUGUGACGUCAGCAGGGUCGCCUGCCAUGUCAGCAGGAUCCCCAGCCUCCCUGUCCAAUGAGCACGCGCCACGUGGCGCACAGCAGGCAGCAGCAGUGGCGGAGCUGAGGAGCAAGCUGAGGGUGCUGCUGGCGCCGGCGGCAGCAGAGCAGGCAGGCACGGGGGCGAGCAGCGACGUGGGCAGGCGGGGGGAUGCCUGGGUUAAAGAGAGCCAACUGCCGCCACCUGUGGCGCCCGCUCCGCCCGCAACAGCUGGUGCCUCAGGCUCUCCCCCUUUUCACUCCUCCACAGCACACCCAACCUCUGGCCUCCCUGCCCCACACCACCACCCCCCCUCGCCUCCUCCCCUGCAACGCUCGCUCUCGGACCCACACACCCCGCGCCCCUCCGCCACGACCUUCCCCCUCGUCACUCCUCCCUCCCCCAAUACAGUCUCAGCGCCGCGCUCGCCCGUUCCCCCGCCCUCUGCGCGCGCCCUGGGCUUUGCGUGUGCGCGCCGCCCCUUCAUGCUGCCGCCCGACUGGCACGAGCGCAGCGGUGCUGAGAGCGCUGAGAGGCCACGCAGUGCAGAGGGGGAGAGAGGAGGGAGGGGCGUGCGGGCGUUCACAUCAGUGGGGCACCGCGGGCUGCUGCCACGCGGCGUGCAUGCAGGGGGGGCGGCAGCAGCAGCAGGAGCAGCAGCAGGGGGCGCGGGCAGCCAUUCCGCCCUGACGGCUCGCGAGGUGCUGGCAGCACUGCGGCGCGUGCCGGGGCCGUACAGCUCGGGGCGGCUGGACGAGGUGGACGGCGUCGAUGACGCCCUGCUGGGCGCUGGUGCCACGCCCAGAGUAGCGGGGGGCGGAGGGGCAGAGGGGGGCAGUGGCGAUUAUGCGAGUGGAGGUGACGCGGAGAGGGGAAAAGGUGGUGCGGAGGGCAGAGGAGAAGAUGGGGAAGGCAGCGAGGACUCAGAGAGUGACGGCGAUGGGGAGGGCGAGGAGGCAGCACGAGUGCGCAUGGAGUGGAGGCGGGUGAGGAAGGAGAGGCAGCUGGUGGAGCAGGAGAGGGGCGAGGUGCAGCGCGUGCAGCGUGAGGUGGCGCGCUUCAAGCAGUGGGCGCACGACGAGCAGCAGCGGCUGCAGGGGGAGAGGCAGCGCGUGGAGGCGGAGAAGCAGCGCCUGGCGCCCUUUGAGGCGCGGUACCGCGCCUGGCAGCACCGCAUCGCAGCGCAGGACGCCGCCACGGCCGCCCUGCGAGCGCACGCCAGCGCUGCCGCCACGGCCACGGCACACGUGGCGGCGCACACACACUCCCUGCGCCUGCACCUCGCCUCCGCCGCCCACCUCCUCGCCGCCACCAAGCAGCGCCUCGCUCACGACCGUGCCUCCGUGGCUGGCGCUCUGGCUCGGGCUGCAGAGGCUGAGGAGCGGGCACAGGCCGCGGAGAGGAGGUUCGGGAAGUUGCCGUGGGAGGUGCGGAGCGCGAGUGGCGUGGCGCGGGCGGUGCAUGGCGUGGCGGCCCGGCAUGGUUCGCCCGUGCUGCGCCUGCACGCCCCCGCCAUGCGGUUGGCUCGUAUAGUGGCCGUGGCAUGGCGGGGCGGGACGAGUGAGGGGGCGGGGGAGGGGGCGGGGGUGGAGGAGAAGGAGGAGUUGUGGGGAGGAGUGGGGGAAAUGGGCGAGGGGCGAGAGGAGGGCGGGCACAGGGGAGGGGAGGAGGGAGAGGGGAAUGCAUGGCAAGGGUGGCGUGCAGGCAAGGAAGGGAUGGUGGUGGGCGAGGGGCACGCAAGGGAGCAGCGAGGUGAUGACAGCAGGGGAGAGCACCCUCAGGUCCCUGGGGAUUCUGAGGACCCCUGGCGCACCUUGGCGUAUCUUGAGUCGCAGCUGCUGCAGCUGGAGCAAUGGCAGCACGACAGGUGUCUGCACCUGGUGUGGACACGUGUCUUCCUGCCAGCCAUGCAGCAGCGCCCUCCUGUGCUGCCCCGUCCCUUCCACCCGCCAUCACACACCCCCCCCUUCACCCCCUCCUGGUCCUCCGCCCUCCUCUGCUCUGCCGCUGCCUCCCACCAGGCGUCCCUAUGGCCCUUCUCCGCCCCCGCGCCCCCGCCGCCCUCACUCACAGUCUCCAUGCAUGCCUCGCUCAAGUCACUUUCUCAUCAUCUCAUGUAUGUUACUCACGCACUUCCUUCCCCGGGAACGCUCACCUCAAUCAAACCUUACCGCUGCACGUCACCCGUCAGGCCCGCUUCCCCUCUCCCCCUCUCUCCCCUCUCCCCCUCUUCCCCUCUCCCCCUCUUCCCCUCUCCCCCUCUUCCCCUCUCCCCCUCUCCCCCUAUCCCGCUCUUCCCCUCUUCCCGUCUCCCCUUAUGUGCAGCGGAGGAGGCACAGGCACCCUGGUGGGCGGGGCUGAGUGGUACAGAGCGGUGGGUGGCGGUGAUGCACGAGGCAGCUGCGAUGCUGUGUCCCCACAGGGCCAUGGGCCACCACUGCGGCUGCCUCUAUCCUCUUUUCAAGCAGGUCAGUGCUGCCUCUACCCGCUACUCACGCAAACACUUCCAUGCCACCACCACGACUUAUCACCCGCCUCACACCACGGUAAGCGCCUCACACCACGGUAAGCGCCUCACAUCACGCGCAGAUCCAGUCCUCUCCUUCCAUUGCUUUGUCCUCUCCUUCCAUUGCUUUGUCCUCUCCUUCCAUUGCUUUGUCCUCUCCUUCCAUUGCUUUGUCCUCUCCUUCCAUUGCUUUGUCCUCUCCUUCCAUUGCUUUGUCCUCUCCUUCCAUUGCUUUGUCCUCUCCUUCCAUUGCUUUGUCCUCUCCUUCCAUUGCUUUGUCCUCUCCUUCCAUUGCUUUGUCCUCUCCUUCCAUUGCUUUGUCCUCUCCUUCCAUUGCUUUGUCCUCUCCUUCCAUUGCUUUGUCCUCUCCUUCCAUUGCUUUGUCCUCUCCUUCCAUUGCUUUGUCCUCUCCUUCCAUUGCUUUGUCCUCUCCUUCCAUUGCUUUGUCCUCUCCUUCCAUUGCUUUGUCCUCUCCUUCCAUUGCUUUGUCCUCUCCUUCCAUUGCUUUGUCCUCUCCUUCCAUUGCUUUGUCCUCUCCUUCCAUUGCUUUGUCCUCUCCUUCCAUUGCUUUGUCCUCUCCUUCCAUUGCUUUGUCCUCUCCUUCCAUUGCUUUGUCCUCUCCUUCCAUUGCUUUGUCCUCUCCUUCCAUUGCUUUGUCCUCUCCUUCCAUUGCUUUGUCCUCUCCUUCCAUUGCUUUGUCCUCUCCUUCCAUUGCUUUGUCCUCUCCUUCCAUUGCUUUGUCCUCUCCUUCCAUUGCUUUGUCCUCUCCUUCCAUUGCUUUGUCCUCUCCUUCCAUUGCUUUGUCCUCUCCUUCCAUUGCUUUGUCCUCUCCUUCCAUUGCUUUGUCCUCUCCUUCCAUUGCUUUGUCCUCUCCUUCCAUUGCUUUGUCCUCUCCUUCCAUUGCUUUGUCCUCUCCUUCCAUUGCUUUGUCCUCUCCUUCCAUUGCUUUGUCCUCUCCUUCCAUUGCUUUGUCCUCUCCUUCCAUUGCUUUGUCCUCUCCUUCCAUUGCUUUGUCCUCUCCUUCCAUUGCUUUGUCCUCUCCUUCCAUUGCUUUGUCCUCUCCUUCCAUUGCUUUGUCCUCUCCUUCCAUUGCUUUGUCCUCUCCUUCCAUUGCUUUGUCCUCUCCUUCCAUUGCUUUGUCCUCUCCUUCCAUUGCUUUGUCCUCUCCUUCCAUUGCUUUGUCCUCUCCUUCCAUUGCUUUGUCCUCUCCUUCCAUUGCUUUGUCCUCUCCUUCCAUUGCUUUGUCCUCUCCUUCCAUUGCUUUGUCCUCUCCUUCCAUUGCUUUGUCCUCUCCUUCCAUUGCUUUGUCCUCUCCUUCCAUUGCUUUGUCCUCUCCUUCCAUUGCUUUGUCCUCUCCUUCCAUUGCUUUGUCCUCUCCUUCCAUUGCUUUGUCCUCUCCUUCCAUUGCUUUGUCCUCUCCUUCCAUUGCUUUGUCCUCUCCUUCCAUUGCUUUGUCCUCUCCUUCCAUUGCUUUGUCCUCUCCUUCCAUUGCUUUGUCCUCUCCUUCCAUUGCUUUGUCCUCUCCUUCCAUUGCUUUGUCCUCUCCUUCCAUUGCUUUGUCCUCUCCUUCCAUUGCUUUGUCCUCUCCUUCCAUUGCUUUGUCCUCUCCUUCCAUUGCUUUUCCCUUCUUCUUUACCCCCUUCAUCUUCUUCUUCUUUACCCCCUUCAUCUUCUUCUUCUUCUUUUCCCUUCUUCUUUACCCCUUCUUCUCCCCUUGAUCCUUCUCCUCUCUGACGUGCUGCAGCAGUGCCAGCAGCGCCUGGACGUGGCACUCUUCAACGCGCUGCUGCGCUCCGGCAACGACGUGCUCUCCACCGACCCGGCUGCCGACCCUCUCACCGAACCUGCCGCCCUGCCCUUCCCUGCCAAUGGCCGCUUCUGGGCCUCUCAAGGAGGGCUGCUGAAGCACACUCAGCUGAUAGGCGGGCGGGCGGAGUGCUUCCCCCUGCUGAGGGCGCUGGCGCACGUGCUGCUGCUGCCCAAACAGGCCCUCUGUGACCGCCCUGUGCGGCGCCAGGUGUACGCCACCAUUGCAGCGCCGCUGCUGCAGCGCGUGGUGAGCAUGUGCGUGGAGCAGCCCUCCCACCCCGACCCCAUCCCUCCCGUGCUCCUUGACAUGCUGCAUGCCGAGGCCAGCACGUCUGCCCACGCCACCUACUUGCUGCCAGUCUUCGACCCCGCCCCCCUGCCCCCCACGCCCUACUGCCCCCCGCCGUCCUCCCUGCUGUGCGCUCUGCUGGGGGCGGCUGCUCCGGGCGCAAUGGCCGUGCACCAGGGGAGGCUGGAGGGCGGAAAGGGGAUGCGGCACGGAGAGGUGUUGGUUGAAUGA